AUGCAGCCGGAUGAUACAACCAUGACCGCUAUUGACCACGUCCAUACACUGCUUGAGGAAUGGCGGCUGUCUAUCCCGAUAGAUUUCCGACCGAAAGAGCCUCUCCAACGGCGUCGCCUAAUGGACGGUGCAUCGAAGGAGAUUGCACUACGAACACACUAUUACUAUUACCAUGUAAUCAUCGCACUCGAACGACUAACACUCCACGUCAGCCGAGACAUCGGACGAAGCGAGAACGCCAUGCGGACACUGCUCAAUACCGCAAGGGAAAUCAUCAACCUAACGCGCUACAUCGACGUAGAGCCAUAUACUCCAGUUUUCAUUCUUGCAAUUAUACCCCUCUCCGCGCUGUUCAUCUUAUUUGAUUUUGUGGUCCACCAUCCAAAUGACCCGGACAUUCGCGGCCAUCUGACCCUCCUAGAUAUCAUCACCGGCCACUUCAGUCAACUCGACUACGCCUCGAACGGGGCACUGAAAUCCUCGUAUCUCUCUGGCUUUUCGCACAUGGCCAGACAAUACGUGGAAAGCGUCGCGGUAUCAAAACGCCCAGUUGAGGCAUCGGCAGAUCCUACCAGUAGUGCAACCCAGAUACCGGUUGAUAACCUCGUCCAGUCGGUAUAUACGCCUUCGCAGAAUGACUCUUUAGAGUUUUCGAAUGAUCCUACACUCAUGGAGGGGAUCGGGGAUGAAUAUGGGAGUCUCAGUUUGGAUAGCUUGUAUUUCCUUACGCCGGACAGCGAUUGGAUGGCGGGGAUGUCUUCCCUAGAAGAGUUCGAUCCGAGGGAGCAUUAUGGGUCUAUUUUCUUAUAA